GAGCUCAUCUCAUUCAGAGGAGGCUCAGAUCUGCAGAGAAAGGUGCUGAGAAUGGAGCAGACCGAAGUAGUGAAACCGGAGACUCUGGAUGAUCUUAUUAAAGUUCUGCACAAGAUCUUUGAAAGUGACACCAUCAACAUCGAGGAGGUGCAGAAUAUUGUGGAGGCAUAUGAGAGCAAACCUCAGGAGUGGAUGAAAUUCGCUAAAUUUGAUCAAUACAGGUACACCAGGAAUCUUGUGGAUGAGGGCAAUGGCAAAUUCAACCUGAUGAUUCUCUGUUGGGGUGAAGGGCAUGGCAGUUCUAUCCAUGACCACACAGACUCCCACUGCUUCAUGAAGCUGCUGCAGGGCCAGCUUAAGGAGACUCUGUUUGAAUGGCCUGACCGUAAAUCACACGGCGACAUGGUCCAGAAAUCUCAGCGAAUCUUACUGGAAAACCAGUGUGCCUACAUCAAUGAUUCCAUAGGCCUCCACCGGGUAGAGAAUGUCAGUCACACGGAAUGCGCAGCCAGUUUGCACCUGUACAGCCCCCCCUUCCAGUACUGCCAGACCUUUGACCAGCGAACGGGACACAAGAACACUGUCAAAAUGACGUUCUGGAGCAGAUUUGGGGAGAAAACACCAUUUGAAACUGCAGUUUCACAAGAGAACAACUGAGACGGGGAGGACAACGUAUGGAAAGUUGGAAAUUCAGGCCUAAUUGAGAUGACGAUGAUGUGUAACACAAAAAGAAUGAUUCAACACUUUUAAAAAAAAUUUGCAAAGGACAUUGAAAUGGGGACUCUGCAGUAAUUAAAGGGGCUUUAUCGUGACCCAGUGUAGGCUUGGCAAAUGCUGCUGAACACAGGCUGAGGGCCUGAAUAGCGGUAUUAGGCUGGACUGCGCCAUGAAUCUGUUCUUUGUUCACUCGGUUUGAGGAGACCCCUUCUGAACAGCAUUCCUAUGUGUCUGUGACCUGUGUAAUCACACUGUUGUACUGUUACGGGGUUGGAAGUUGUUUUGUUUAAAGUGUGUAAUUUAUGAGAACAAGCUAUUUUCAUUUACUUUACCUUGUGGUCACAUAAAAACUAAUUGCCUUAAAAUUGCCCUUGAUCGACAGAACGCUUUCACACCCAAUGGCACACUUUCUUUUGCAGACGUGUUGAUUUCUGUGUAAACUUUACAUAGUGUAAAACCUCUAAAUUGUAACAUAGCAUCAUGCACAUACAGUCCAGAGAUCUGCAUGUGAUUUGCAUGAGUUUAUUGUUUUUAUUAUUAUUUUUAAUACAUUUCACUGCCAGUAAUUUACAUUUUUAGCAUUUGUAGAGGAACACAAAAGGGUAAUGAUUGUUCCCAGUAUCUUUUGAGCCUAGACGUUUAUUUACAACAGUCUUACAUGAGAAGUUCAGUCUUAAGAAUGAUUUCUUUUUCUCUUCUCUGGAAAAAGCAAAAGAAUAGUGAUACGAUUGCUCAGUGAAUAACACUGGCUUUUUCACCACAGGACUUUUCCAGUAACUGUAGAGGUAUUUAUAGGUUUGAAUGGUUGGAAUAGCUUUCAUUAGUAAUACUGCUUACUCCGUCAGCCGAGCAGUUCUGAUCUUGACAAGCUUGCUUUGACUGUAAACCAUUAAAUGUUAUUUCUGUAAAA